UUUUUCUUAUUUUUUUAUUUUUCUUUAUUUCUCUCUCUCUCUCUUCUUUUCCUCGCCCCUCCUAUUCCUUUAAUUUCUGUUGUUAUCAACUUUGACCGCUCUCAAAAACGAGCCUUUCUCAUUAAACUACUUUCUUAGUACCAUUAUUAUCUCCACCCCGCCCGAUAGUAAACCCCUCCGGAUUUUGUGGGCUUCCAGUCAGUAGUCCGCCUUCUCUUUCUCUCGGCCAUGCAAGUGUCGGCCUCUCGCAAUACUCCUUCUCAACCUCCACCUUCCCACACACCCCGUGCCCAUAAUCGCCUUUCAGGCGACAUGAAAAACCGUGCUCCACUUCCGGUUCCCUCGGGAACUAUCCAGAACGGCCAUUCUCGCAAUCUCUCAGGCUUUGACAUGGCUGCUCGUAGCCCUCCCAAUCAAAGCAAUACUAAGCACGUCCCCUGCAAAUUCUUUCGUCAAGGAGCUUGUCAGGCGGGACCUGCCUGCCCUUUCCUACAUUCUACCGAUGCUGCGAUUGACUAUGCGCCGUGUAAAUACUUCACGAAGGGUAACUGCAAGUUCGGAGCUAAGUGUGCGCUGGCGCAUAUUCUCCCUGAUGGCCGACGGGUUAAUCGACCCAACGCAGGUGUAGGAAUGGGCGGUAGUCACCUCAAUUUGGGUGGCCGGGUUAAUCCCCAAGCGUAUGUGAAUCAAGAUUCAGCUUUGACGAAUUCCGUCCUUUCUCAACAGCGAAUGAAUGGUCAAGAGCCCCGAUAUGGCCCUCAAGUUCAUUCUCAGGAGGAGUAUGCUGCCAUACACUCUCCACCACAACCAUAUGAUGCCAUUCCCACCAUCGACGCGGGCUUGGCUUCAGAUGCCGGUUCUAAGUAUGGUUCCCCGAUUGAUGACAUGCGAUUUCCCAUGUCUCCAAAUCACCGUCAUUUAACUGCUCUUGAUGCACCCCUCCCUGCCUCCUUUGAUAGCCAAGGAAUAUCACACGCCGCUCGUUAUGGACCGGUAGCGGCUUCUAUGCCAUCGAAAUUCGGACUGGAACUAUCCCCACCGGCCCAAAGGGCCGGCGCCCCCUCCGAUGCGCUCCGAAAUCUCCGCGAUACCGCAUAUGGAUCGGAUUUAAAGAAGCCUCCUUCUUUCAUGGGUUCUUCCCCUCCUGGAAUUCCUGAGGAUGGCCCGGGACCUCGAUUUUUGCAUUCACAGCGAUCGGUGAAACCACGAAUGCUCUCUGCAAGUGUUCCGCGGCUUACCGCCUUAGAUGAUUGGGAUGACAGCAAUUUCCCGAUGGAGGAGGACUACCUGCCUAUCAAUUUGCACGACGAUGUUCUGACGCCGCAGGAGCGGCUACGACGUCUUUCACGCACAGAUUAUGAGCCUAGUUCAAGUCAUCGUGACCUCAGUGGGCUUGGUAUGACUGGUACCAGUCUCUCAAAAGUCGGUUCGCCUCUGGCGUCCAGCCCAUCCAGAUUUGGUGCCCUUUUUGCGAAACAACGACAGAAGAAGGAGGAGGAUGCACAUGGCACCUCACUACCACAAGUCGGAUCUCCUCUCCGUGAGUCUUCGUUAAACUUUGGCGCAAGUCCCAGCCUUGGCCCCAUCGGAAGCCGGCAAGUGUCGGGUGACGUCUCGCCCUUUGUGUCUACUCCUCGGCAACAGUCGACGUCCAUGAUAUCGCAACAACUUAGCGGUAUGUCACUUCACCCUGGCGCUGCCCGUCAUUCUUCAUCAGUGGGAGCUAGUGGCCGUCUCGACCGUACUGUCUCGUCGCCCGUCGGUACCAGCAGGAUUGAUGAGGAGCAAGGCGACUUGGUUUUCUCCAUGGAGGAAGAAGAAAACAACAAGCGGAGUAGUACUUCCUGGAGCACCAGUAAAACUGAGUCCCACGACGACGAUUCUACACCGACGAGUAGCUCAGGCUUUCAGCCCUGAUAUCCUUUGGGGAAAGCGCGAAACCAAGAUUUGAUAGUCACCCAUUCUGAUACCAAUUUAUUAGAAGUCAUAAUUUUUCAUCAGGGUAAACAAAAGCCACACCAAAUGAGGGGAGACAUGGGGAAAGCAGCUUUAUAGUUUGGCACCAGCCCACGACACCGCUCAUUGGGUUUUACUGAAGAGCAUAUCAAAAGCCUGACUCAGCCACAUUUGGUAGGCAUUUUGCAUAGAGCGACUUAAAAUAAGCGAUCUCCAAGAAUCUCUGUACAACCUUCUUUCGUCUUGCAUAUUUUUGGCUUAGACCAGGUUCGGGAUAAUUCAGGGGCGUGGUCGGAGUUUACAGAGAAUUGGAAAGGCUUAACAUUCUGCUGAUGAUUCUUAUCAUAUUUAUUUUAUUUUUUAUAUCUUCCGGUCCUUCCGGAAUUUUACAUCUUUCACGACAUGACAUUGAAAGCAGAGAACUAAGAGAGAAGACGGUGAAUGUUCUGUCCUGAUUGCUAAAUGCAUGUAUGUCUACCUAGUAGUCUUCUAUCCCCUCAUCCUUCAAUUAUCUUUUCUUUGCAAGCUCUCUCUCUCACCUCAUGUAACCACUCAGUCUUGUCAAUCAUGCGUUUCGUGCCUGCUAAAAUGUGAUUAUGGUUGUCGGAGAACAGUGUGUAC